GCCGCCGCCGAUGCCAACGGGAGUGUCCGCUGACUCUUUGACUGGACAACAUCGAGCGGAUUCACAAAACAGGAGGAAACUCUCUGGACUGUCGGACUGGCUUAGACCGAGAGAGGAGACUGUCUCUGGGACAAGUUCCAUAGUGGAGGGGGGAAGCAAUGUGGCCCCUUCUUUCCACGCUGACCGUCUUAUGUAUCCAGAUGUUGCUGGUGAUGUGCGAUCCAUUACAGCAGGUACUUGGUGUGGAUGGGGUCAACUUCAGCGUGCAUGUGGAGAACCAAACACAGGUGCGAGACACCAUGAGUCGACGACACCACCGGGUCUACCAGCUCUACAGCCGCACCAGUGGCAAACACGUCCAGGUACUGGGACGCAGAAUCAGCGCUCGAGGAGAAGAUGGAGACAAAUUUGCCCAGCUCGUAGUGGAGGCUGAUACCUUUGGUAGCCAGGUGAGAAUCCGGGGCAAAGAAACCAAUUUCUACCUGUGCAUGAACCGCCGCGGAAAGCUGGUCGGAAAGAAGGCCAGUAACCGAAGCGAUGACUGCGUUUUUGUGGAAAAGGUUCUGGAAAACCACUACACAGCGCUGAUGUCAGCGCGCUACACGGGCUGGUAUGUGGGCUUCACUAAAAGAGGUCGUCCUCGCCGUGGUCCCCACACACUCCCGAACCAGCAGGACGUACACUUCAUGAAGCGCUUCCCGCCUGGUGAGCAGCCCGACCUCACCACCCCCUUUCGCUUCACCACCGUCAGCAAGCGGGGCAAGCGGGUGCGUGCUACCGGGCCCCGCUAG